AUGGUGACGGACGAUGGUCACGGGCAUACAGAUGCGGCUUCUUCCGCUGCUGCUGGUGGAAAUUUACCGAAUCCGAAUGAGCAUCGCCAUGAACCGGCUUCAUCGUUUCGAAUUAUGCAUGCCUCAUCUCCUGGAGGCGCCGAUGACGACAAUAUUGUAUUGCUUUUUCUAAACCAGUUGUUAUCAAAUCUUUCUGCGCAAGGUGCACAAAUACAGCUACAAAUAAGCCGUGAUCCAAUCACCCAGACAAAUAUUCUUCAUGGACCAAUGGCUGACUAUGUAUGGGGUGAAGGUGGCUUGGACCAAAUUGUGACGCAGCUGCUGAAUCAAUUUGAAGGCGGCUCUACUCCGGUUGAUGCGAAACUGCUACCCAAUUUGCCGAUGACAUCAGUGGAACAGAAACAUGUGGACGGUUCGGUGCAAUGUACCACAUGCAUGGAAAUUUUCAAAAAGAGACCACUUUUUGAAACUGCUCAGAAUUCUUGA